AUGUACAUAUAUAUAAAUAUAUUAUAGUAACCUCUUAAUUUAUUUAUUAAGUCUCUCAAAUACAUCUUUCAAUUCAAGAAAAAUACUUUUAUAAUUAAUCAAUUCAAUUUUUUGGAAUUGUUUUUAAUAAAAGUAUUUUCGUAAAAUUAAUACUUAUAUAUUAUUUUAAUCUGCGAAUUAUCACUUUUUAUUUUUACUUAAAUUUCAUUAUUUAUUAUUUAUUUUAAAAUUUGUAAUUAAAUAUUAUAAAUAUAUUCCUAAAAUAUAUUUAAUAAAUUUUCGUUUGAAAAGUAAAAUAGGAACAAAUUAUAUUAUUCUAAUCUUUAAAUCAUAUGUGUAUGCUUGGAAAAAAUACAAUAGACAAAAAUAAAAUUUAAAAUUUACUUCUUAAUAUUAAUGAUCAUAAAAAUAUUUAAUUAGGAAAGAAAAACAAAAAUAAGAGUACUAAAUAAAAGUUUAAAGCAAAAAAUAAUGGAAGUUAAAAAAACUCAUAUAUUCACAACAGCAGAUCUUCUUAAUUCCUCUUUAAAGCAUCAUGAUAUUCUUAGCAUUAAACUUGAAUUAAAAUCAAAACAAGAAGUAUUAAAUUUAACCGAUAUCCUUAAAUAGUGUACUAAUCUUCAAAAGUUAUUUCUUCACUCCUCGAGAAUUAAAAUGGGUGAUUAGAUCUUUUCUUAAUUAUUGACAGCUGUAGCAUGUUGUACUAACCUCUAAAGCUUAGAAAUAUUUUCAUAGUAUAAUGAGCUAGGAUAAAAUGGAGCUUAAGGUUUUGAAUUAGCUUUUUAAAAAUGCAAUAAAAUUUCCAACAUAUUACUUGAUUUUCAACAUAAUCAAUUAGCAACAAAAGGAACAUAGUUAUUGUGCUUAGGCUUAAAAAAUUUAACUAAUCUUAUUAGAUUAUAAGUGGAUCUAAUGGGUAAUAAUAUAGGUAAUGAAGGUUUGUAUUAAUUAUCUAAUGAUUUGGUAAAAUGCAAUAACCUCUUAUCUUUGACACUUAUAUUAACUUAUGAAUAAGGUAUGUAAAAAAAAAGUAAGUAAACACUGAAAAGAAAUAUUCAAAAAAUGAAAAGGCUUGUAAAAUUGUGUUUUGUAAUUUGUUGA